UUUGGCUCUCAACAAUUUACCAUUAAAUAAACGUUCCUUUAGUAUUUGUAAAUCAUCGACUCAAAGUCAUAAUGGCCUUGUAUUGGUUUCCGAUCAGCAUAAAAUAAUAAAGCCUAUUGAAUUAAUAAACGGGAAUUUGGUAAUAGAAUGUCCUGUGCAUUCAAGCUUAUUAACAGAUAGCCCUUAUGAAAGUUCAAAAGAAUUUACACAUAUGAGAUAUACUGCCUGCACAAGCAAGCCAGAUUAUUUCAAGCAAGAAAAUUUUACUCUUCGUCAAGUUGGAUAUGAACCUAUGAGGCAGACCGAAUUAUUUUUCUUAAUAACUGUAAAUGAUGAAGACGAAAUUCUAUUAUCUAGUACUCUUCACAGAAUUAUAGAAAAUAUUGCUUGCCUUUGUUCUCUUACAGAGUCUCCAACAUGGGGAGAAGAUGGAUGGAAAAAGAUUAUCAUAUGCAUAAUUUCAGAUCGUAAUAAGAUUAAUAAACGUACUUUAUCAUAUUUAAAGGCACUUGGUGUUUAUCAGGAUGGUAUUGCAAGAUCAAAA